AUGAUAACAAUUUCAAGAAGUUCAGAGCAGCCUCAAUUCAUGCCAAUACAAAGGAGUGUAAAUUCUGAAGAGAUUUUUCAGAAAGUCGUGAAGAGUAGUGUGUUCUAUGUUGAUCAAAGGGAGGAAAGGGAGGCAUGUGAAAUGAUUACCAAAAGUAGGAAAGUAUUAGAGGAGAGAAGAGUAGAAAAAGAGAGUGUUGAAAAAAAUAGUGAGCAAGAAGAAGAUGGGGAGAGAGAAAAAAAUAUGAUGAAUAAAAAAAAUGAGGGUGAUAAUAGAGAAGAGGGAGUUGAAAAAUUGAGAGAAAAGGAGUAUGUUAAAUCGUUGCCUUAUCCAAAGACAUACUCAAGAAGAGAGAAGGAAAAACAGUUUGAGCGCUUCAUGGAGAUUUUUAGGAAGUUGGAAAUAACCAUACCAUUUUCUGAGGCACUUCAGCAAAUGCCCUCAUAUGCCAAAUUUCUAAAGGAACUUCUCUUGAAAAAGAGGAAAAAGAUUAGAGGAUUAGAAUUGAAGCCAACAAGGAUGACUCUUCAAUUAGCAGAUAGAUCUCUGAAAUACCCAUAUGGAGUGGCUGAAGAUAUGGAGGAGAAUGGAGAUGCACCUUUGAUUCUUGGUAAACCUUUCAUGAAGACAACCAAGAUUUUAAUUGAUGUAUUGAAUGGUAAGCUGAAGGUCAAAGAAUAG